AUGUCCUGGGGAUACGACAAAGACAAUGGUCCUGAUACAUGGCCAAACCUUUUUACUGCUGCUCGCGGACACAAGCAAAGUCCCGUGGACCUCAACACCAACUGGAUCUGGUACGACCAGGAGCUGGAGAAGCGUCCCUUGGUCAUUUCCUACCAGCAAGAGCCGUCCCUGUACAUCGAAAACCCCGGCUUGUCGUUUAAGGCGCACAUAACAGCGAAUUCAACUAUCAGUGGCGGACCAUUAGGGAACGACACGUACAGAUUGAUUCAGUUCCACUUUCACUGGGGUCCCGACGACGCCUCUGGCAGUGAGCACACAGUCAACGAGCGUAGUUACCCAUGCGAGCUGCACCUGGUCCACUAUAAUGCCACUAAGUACAAGAGUUUUGCUGAAGCUGUUUCCCAGAGCGACGGCCUUGCAGUCAUUGGAGUUUUCAUUAAGACUGGCCCACGUGACCACGAAGGCUUCAAAGUCAUCUCGGACAACGCUCAAAAGGUCAAGUGUAGAGGGAACAAGCUCAACACUGGGGUGCCCUUCAACCCGGAAGUACUUCUGCCAGGGGAUACAACCAAGUACUGGACUUAUGAAGGUUCUCUAACGACUCCACCAUGCAAUGAAAGCGUCAUCUGGAUUGUUCUUCAACAGGAGAUCACUGUUUCCACGGGGCAGUUGCAAGCCCUCAGAAAUCUCUGCUGCGAUGAGUGUGGCUCCAAACGCAUUCCUGCCAAUUACAGGCCUCCUCUUCCAUUAGGGACAAGAAAAAUUGCUGCCUCAUUCCCACAGUGA